AUGAAACUCUCGCGAUUUCUCUUUUGUUGGUUUUAUACCUUUACAUGGAUAGCCAUGAAACUCUCUCAUCUUCUCUCCGAUUGGAUUCAUACCUUUCCAUACUUUUUCCUCAAUGAAAAUGAAAGGCUUCUCAUCAAAUCCAAAACCACUUGUUCAUCAUCAUCAUCAUCCUUUUGUACAAGAGCUGCUACUUCUCCAAAGAAAGGACUCAUUCAUUUCCGAACAGUGAUUAAGCCUUACGUUCAAUGUUGUAACUAUUAUUUUCUUUUUUUCCUUAUUUCACUCUUUGUUUUUCUUGCUGGGGCUUGGGUAGAUUUGUUCUCAGGUUUUGGAAUUUAUGAGAGUCGCCAACUCGUUCUUCUGGAGAAUUGCAAUCAGAAUUCCUCCUCCCUCAUGAUAAAUUGUUUUUCCUUACAGAACAGAACCAUCCAACAAAAAGAAGGUUCUUCUCUCACUCAAUACUAUUUCAACAUUAGUAAGGCGAGUCUUAUGAAAACUGACACAUACUACGAUCGUUACAGACAUGGUUAUAUCUCUUUACCUCCAAAUGUGGAUUUUCCGUAUGUGAUUUGGAAUGACUUUUGUUUGUCAUAUCAUUCUGAAAAAGAUGCCUUGGAAUGUUGGAAUAGAAAUGUCGUCGAUCAGAUCAAAGUUGUUCUUGGAUUACCUUCAUUCGAAGUGUAUUUGAGCAACCUCAUACAAUAUCAACAGUUGAAGAGUAAUGUCAAGAAACCAUUGGUCAUGAACCAAGAUCUGCAAGUUUUACUGAAGGAGGAUGUUCUGAAACUAAGGGACUUGGGUCGAAGAUUGUCUUUCGUUGCUGUGCCAAUUAUUGCGUUGUUUGUCACCACUGCUUAUUGCGUCUUUUACAUUGUGAGAGUUUCAGGAAGAACUACAUAUGUUGUUGCUGGUUGUUGUGGGUUUAAAGCAAGUCAAACGAAUAGUGAUGAUUUCUAUAUGUGGAAAACAUUUGAUCCUUCUUUGAGAGUUUCCACCAAUGAAUCUUUUGAGACCUUAAGGAAAGAUGAGGAAGAAGAAACAUUAUUUUCAUCUGAACAGAGAAAUGGAGACACAGUGGGUAAUAGAAGCUCAUUGAUCAAAUGUUGCGUGCCUUCACAUGCUUUGGGACCUCAUUUGACAGAUGUUUUCCUUUCCAAUGCAAAAGAUGAGGAAAAGCUCAUGUCCUAUGAACGAGUGGUGAACAGUUUCGUCAAAACUGCAAGAGACUCAAUCAAGGAUCGUUUCUUAUUUCCAAUCGCCUUUCUUCAUGUCAUUUCCUUGUUGUGCUUUUGUGUAUUUUUUUUUCUUGGAUUGUUUCUCUUUUUGAAGUCGUUUAGUUUUGUGAUAGGAUUUUCCGGGUUGACUGUUGCCAUUUCAAUGCUGUACUACCGUUACAAAUUCAAGUGCUUUGGAAUGCAUUAUUUUGUGACCAAUCACAGAAUUGUCAUUGUUGAAAGCAUGUUCGAUUGUUAUAAUAUUUAUUAUAUCAUGCUUCAAGAUAUUGAAAGAGUUUGGAUGAAUGAAGAUGGCAAGUUGAUGGCUGAGAUUCAUCGUGAAUACAAUGGUCAUGCAAAUGGUGUGCUUCUUGAACGUGUUUCUGAUUAUCAAUUUUACUUGAGUGCUCUUUCAAAAAGAUAA